AUCUUAACAAGUGUAUGCCGCGAACUCGAGCAUUUUGUUAAAGAAAUUAUUUACUUUAUCAAACUAGUUGCAUACCGGUCAAUUUCUUUUAAAAAUUUUGAAGUUCUUUAUUUCUUGAAUAGCAUCAACUGUUAGAGAAUUAUGAAUUUUAAUUUUGGGACACCCAAAACUACAAGUCAGUCAAUGUUUUCAUUGGGUGCUCCUAUAAAUACAACUAGUGGUCAACCUCAAAUGGGAAUUUUUGGUAAUACUGAUCUCAGUAAAACAGGAACUCAAGGAGCAGCACCUGGUUUUUCUCUACCAACAACCAUGCCGACCUUUGGAUCAUCAACAUCUACUACUAGUACUCCUAUUUUAGGACAGCCACCAACAUCAAAACCUCCUUUUGAUUUUGGCUCUGUAAACAAGCCAACUUUUUCCCUUGGAGCUACUCCUACAUUUGGUGUUACAGCAGCUGCAACUGGAAGUAGCCCUCAAUUUCCUAGCAACACUUCAGCACCUGUGAAAACUACUGCAUCAACAGGAUUUUCUUUGUCUUCUCAAACCCCAGCAGCAAGUGCAACAUCAGGAUUCUCAUUGGGAAACACAACACAAGCUUCUACUGGUUUUUCGUUAGGCAGUACAACUCAAGCAUCUACUGGAUUUUCAUUAGGAAGUACAACUCAAGCAUCUUCUGGAUUUUCAUUAGGAAGUACAACGCACGCAUCAUCUGGAUUUUCAUUAGGAAGUACAACACAAGCAUCUUCAGGUUUUACACUGGGAACCACUCCUGCAUCAACAACUACAACAUCAGCUGGGUUUACUUUGGGUAGUACACCUCAACAAUCUACUGGAUUUUCAUUAAGUAGCAAUACAAAUAAAACUGGAUUUUCAUUAGGAACAUCUACUAUAACAUCUGCAGCAACUACUACUUCUACUAUUGUUUCAACACAGUCUAGUUGUAAUCAAAAUACUAUAGCUCAACCAACAAACUUUCAACAACUAGUUGAUCUCAUCAAUAAUUGGACCGUUAGUCUAGAAAAUCAAGAAAAACAGUUUUUAAACCAAGCAAAUGAAAUUACUGUAUGGGACAACAUGUUGACAAAUCAAUCUGCUAAACUAGUGAAAUUGUAUGAUAUCCUAGAACGCAAAGAAAAAGAACAAGUUGAUAUUGAAAAUGAGCUAGACUUUUUACUAUCUCAACAAAAGGAACUUGAAGAUUGUUUAAUUCCAUUGGAACAAGAGCUACAAUCAGCAGAAGUUUUAAGUAGUAUGAACAACGAAAGAGAACCAAUAUAUAAAGCUGCACAAGAAAUUGAUAAUCAAGUAAAACAAAUGUCUGGAGAUAUAAAAGAAAUAGUUAAUAAUUUGAAUAAAGCAAACUCUAAAAAAGACUCUGAUGAUGAUUUGGAUACUAUUUGCCGCAUUUUAAAUUGUCAUAUGACUGCUUUACAAUAUAUUGAGCAUAAUGCUGAAAAUUUAAGUUCAAUGGUUGCAGAAGUCAACGAGGAACACUCUCGAUUUUUAUCAGUAACAAAUGAUAAUUCAUUUGUCUCUUCUUUCAGAAAAUAGAUUCAAUGAAAUGAUUUUAAAAAUAUGUUCUAAUUAUAAUUUUACUUUUAAUAUUGAAAUCAAGUAUACAAUUACAUUGAUUUUAUUUUUUAUGAAAGCUAUAUUUAAUUAUUAUUAGUUUAUUAAAAAUACAUUUUGUUUGGACUUAAAAAUGUUAAAUUGAAAUUUAGCUUGUAAAAAAUUAUUUAUUAUUUAUUAUAAAUAAUAAAAUUGAUUAAUGAUUUUAUAGAUCUACAGAGUGAUCCAUUUAUUAUGAAUCACUGGAUAAAUAAAAAAAUUAAAGUAAUAUAAAGAAUUUCUUUUUUUGUUUCUUUAA